AUGAGCGAGAAGCUAAAGAAGUAUAUGGAGGAACUGGAUGACCUUCCUCCAUUCAUUCAGAAGAAUGCUAAGGAAAUCCGUGAGCUUGAUCAAGAAACAGAGAAAUUAAUGCGCGUGAUCCAAGAAAGUACCGUGUCGUAUGUGACCAACAUGAAGAAUACCCCCAUGGAGCAGCGAGUGAAAUGGUACAAAGAAAUGCAGGCAAUGUAUGAUGAGGUCGACAAGCUAAGUGAAAAGAAGGAGCAACUUGCUGACGACAUGUAUAAUGCUGUCGAUACGCGCAUCAAAGAGAUGGACAAAAUGAUGGUCGAGUUCCAAGAACUUCAGAUCAGGAACUGCAACGAAGCUGAGGAGGCUGAAGAAGGCGAGUCAAGUUCGAAUACUCUGAAGCGUAAAGGUUCAAGAUCUGCCAGAAAGGGUGGUAAGAGAAAGAAGGGGGAUGACAACAAAGUUACUUCUGCGAAAAGAGGUAAUUUCAAGCCGUCUGCAAUACCUGCUGUGGAUAUGCCUGUUGAUCCGAACGAACCCACGUAUUGUAGCUGUCACCAGGUUUCUUUCGGUCAAAUGAUUGCCUGCGACGGACCAGAAUGCAAAAUUGGGUGGUUCCACUUCCAGUGCGUCGGCUUAAAAACUUCUCCCGCUGGGAAGUGGUAUUGCAAGCAGUGUAAGGGAGGAGCAAGAAAGAAGAGAACUAAGUCGUAA